GGUUUACGUUCAGUUACGCGAUCGCUUAGGAUAAAGGGAAGGGAGUAGAGUGGAGUGAACCGUCUUGUACUCAUUCUCUCGUCUUUGUCUAUUUGCGUGUAUUUGCGUGUGUUGCGCGGGUUGGGAGCCUCUACACUGACGUGCCGUGUAGGUGUUUAACGUUACGUAAAGUAAUUUCACCCCCCGCGGAUCAACAGCAGAGAAUCAGCACGUCACUGCGCAAAGAUUACUUGACGUAACGCAAGUAUGCGACACGUGGCGCGGCGCAGCUGCAUGUUUUUUAGUUUGCAGAUCGAGUCAGCUCGCUCCGUCGUGGACUUUGAACCCUUUCUGUAAAGCACUGAUGUAGCGAGACACUGUCUGUAAUAAUACCGACAAGUUGCACGGGGCGACUUUAUAAACCAAACGACAGUUAAAUAAUUAAACUGUAGCUUCGGUCCAGACUGUAUAACAUACUACACAGAUUGUUCACUUUUAUUUAUUCGGGUCACGAGCUUCACUGUUAUUUCUGGAGUUUUUCUGGUCAUCGUGGUCCGUAUAAUUGGGCUUGGCCCAUCAUUUUGACGCAGGCCAAAAUAAGUAUUUGUUUGCUGUAUUGUUGCAGAUUCACAAACGGUCUGUAGAUGGCGUCAUCAUUAAAGAUUCAAAAUCCAAAAUUGGAUUGUUGUUUACAAAGUUUACUUCCUCACAGGUCAAACAUUUACACGUGAUCAUUGGUACAGCUGUUAAGAGAUAAUGGUAAAUGUUAAGAAUAUAACAAGUAGAGGGGAGUCAGGAAAGGGAUUUUAGAUACUUAGAUCUUCUUCUCGUGUUCCUUAUGAAUUUAAUGUUUUAUUUGGAAAAAGACCUUCUUGAACAUGGUUUGUCAUUCAUGGUCAUUGUCUUUGUUUCUGUCCCGAUACUUUUGGUUCGGGGCGGAAUAUUGUUUUCUGCUCUUUCCUGUUUCGGGUCACACUGGUUCAUGUUUACCUUCUGCCCUUUCCCAACUACCCGCUGCACUAGAGACAUGUCCUCCAGCUCCGUUGGCAGAAGACUGGUGGCUUGUCUUCUCAAUGUUUCUGAAGCUCGCAGGAAAGAGCUGGUGGAGACAGUGGCCAGGGCAGCCUUAUACAACAAUACAGGCGUUAGACGAGAGGGGACCACGGUGCUGAACAUCUUCAAUGACCAUGACUACAACCGUUCCGUCAUCACCAUCGUUGCCACCAUCGACUCCAUCAGGGAAGCGGUUCUGUCCGCAUGCGAGAAAGCCUGUGCGCUGAUCGACGUGGGCGCCCACAACGGGGUGCACCCGUGCAUGGGUGCCGUCGACCUCAUACCCAUCUACCCCUUGGGGGAGGAAGUAGGAGUGGAGGACUGCGCUGAAGAGGCUCGGGCUGUGGCUCAGGGUCUCACAGAACGGGUGCGGGGAACCAGUGCUUUCCUGUUUGGCUGGGCUGACUCCCCCCUUCAGCGGGGUCUGGCACAGCGGAGGAGGGAGAUGGGCUGGUUCAAGAAGACGCCAGACCUGCAGGCCAUCAGGCCAGACGUGGGGCCACAGCCGCAGAAUCCAUUCGGUCUAACAGGUGUUGGGGCCGGUCCGUACGUCAUGAACUGCAACGUCACUAUCGACACCCAGGACGUGGCCGUGGGACGCAGCAUCGCCGCGGCCCUCAGGGAGUCGACCCCGGGGGGGCUGCCCGGGGUGCAGGUGCUGGCAUUGCCGCACGAUGGCGCUGUGGAAAUCGCCUGUAACGUGGAAAGCCUGAAAGGGGGCCCAACUGGUCCAACGCCUGCGGGGGAACCAUGGCCGUGUUUCAGCAUCGGCGGCCAGCCCUACUGUCAUGUUCCAGCUUCCCUCAUCGCGGCGAGGGUCGCUGAGCUGGCAGGUAGGCAGGGGGUUGGCGUGAAGGGCACCGCGCUGGUGGGGUUCACCCCCCAUGAAUGCAGGGGCCUGGCGGAGGUUGCACUGUCUCAGAGGAUCGCUGAGUUCUGGAAAGAACGGGGAAACAUCCGAAUGUGAAAAUGAAUCCUUGAAAAAACAUUUAAACCUCACAGAAAAGAACCUCGUCUUUGUUUGACGUCACUUUUAUUGUCGUGAGAGUUAACGGUUUGUUAAGCUCUGCCAACAAUGUCAGACUUCUACUCAAGGGUCAUGGUAGGCGAAAGAAAAGGUGUAUUUCUCUAUUUUAACAAGCUGCUAAUUGUAGCGGUUAGCUAAAUAGAAUAAGUAUUUUUGUCAUGCUGGCUAAAACUGUUGCUAAAUGCUGUGAUAAUAGAUCAGAUCCAUGCCUUGUUUUCAAGCGGUUUGUUUCAAUUAAGGAGUAAGACCGAGCAGUGCGUUACCUAACUAAAGUAAUUGGAGUUUAAACUCAAACCUAAUAUAGAUCAAGACAGAAAGUUAGGUUGAACUAUAAUAUACACACAGCAGGUGUUCUGGUUCGUAGCCGGGGAUGCUAACAUUUGCAGCUUACAUUAGAGCAUGCAAACACAUUGUUGAACCCAUUACUUACAAUUUAGUUUUUAGAAAAUUUGUUUGGAAAAGAUAAAUAGAUAAAACACCAUUCUCUAAACACCAAAGUGGUUCUUACUUUCCUACAGAUGCUCAAAGCUUCAGCAUGUCAACAAAUCCUCAACAUUCAGUAACUGUAAACAUUAACCGGUUUAGUCAUUUAGUGUAUUUCACUUACUUUACAAAUGGAUUAAUAUUACCUGAUGUAUAAACCAAAAUGACUAACAUUGACAUACAUCCUUUGAUAUUUAUACUAAAGGGAUGAUAUUAAUAUUUAUUAAGAUCACUAAUAAUUGUAUUUAAAAAUAUUUCAUUUAUUUGAUGAGCUGAUGUCUGUUUCUGAUUGUUAUGAAUAUAAAAUUAAAAUAAUGUAUUGAUUCAA